AUGAGGAUCUACCACCUGGCCUUGGCAUUGCUGCUCUUGUUUUUGGUGCCUGUUCCAGGAAAUGGGGGGAUCAUAAGCUCAUUACAGAGGUCCUACUGCAAGAUCAGGAGCGGCCGCUGCGCCGUGCUCAGCUGCCUCCCCAAGGAAGAGCAGAUAGGCACCUGCUCCCUCCGCGGCCGGAAAUGCUGCCGGAAAAAGAAAUAA